AUGGCCGAAAACAUAGUCUACGAGGAUACUCCUUUCGCCGAGUAUCUUGCCGAUAUCGGUAGUGAAGAAACGCUUACUAAACAACCAACCCUAUUUGAAUUAGAAGGUUCACAAGCUAGUGAGACUACAUUGGUGUCCCAACUUUCACAACACAUGUUAAACAUAUUUAAAAAUAUCCAGGAAACAUUAUCAACCGCGCUUCCUUUACAAGAAGAAAACGAGUUCGAAGAACGUUUUAAAUAUUUAUUAUGCACUUCACACCUCUUAAAUGACACGUUAUCUGUCUACUUCUAUGAUAGUAAGAAACCUAAACCAAUAGAUACCAGCGAGGCUGGGCUGUACUUUGGCGGGAUUUCGCGUCGAAAUUUUGAAAUUUUGUUGAGUUCCAUAAUCGGCAUAAUUGUCGUCAUUCUAACUUGGUUAUUGCACGGUACUGAUUCCAAAGAUUUCGGUAUAAAGAUUUUACAGUUACCUACUGUAUUUGCUUUGGCAUUAUUCGGUACCUUUUUCUUAUAUCGUCACAUGCGACGAAAAGCUACAAAAACAUUAUAUAAAUCUGCUCUAUACUAUUUAGAGAGACUUGUAUAUAAUUGUCAAAAUUUCGAUAUAAAAUUAAACAAAGCAUUAAUAAUGAUUCAAGAAAUUGAACUUAUAUCCCGUGGCUACAGAUUAUCCAUGCCUCUUUCCCCAAUAUCCCGUAUCGAACAAUCUUCAAAAAAUCGUCGUUGUGUUAUGCUUAGAGAAAUUGUUCAUAACAUACUUCAGGAGGCUUUCAUAAGUUAUCAGGAUGCUAUAGUUGCCAUGAAUUCGGAGAUUUUAAAAGAAAAUUUAGCCAUUAUGUACAAUAUGUACAAUAUCAUUCCUUGUUUAGAAAGUGAUGAAUGGAAUUCUAACGAAGAGGAUGUUCUUUCCUUAGAGAAUUUAAAGCAAUGUUUUCAGAAAGUGCAUACAAAACGUAGAGAGUUGUUGUGCCAUUUCCUUGCACUGGAUGUCAUGACACCUGGAAGAGAUUCUGGACGAAGAGAUUAUGAACAUCAUUGGGCAACUGUAAAUGAACAUCUAGAUAAUUUAGGAACAAUUACUGGUCUUUAUUUAGAUCAAAUUAUUGUGGCAUCAACUAAUGAACUAACUCCAAAACAAGACUUUUUGUUUCAGCAAACUUCACAAGCAAUUACGAAUAAGCAGCUCAUGACCUAUCUUCAUCGUUUAUCUUCUAUUGAACAACAUGUUCGUGGUGUUCAGGCAAAAUUAUAUAUUUGCAAUGAAGACGCGCGUAAAUUUUAUGAAACAGAAGGAGUUGUUGUUUCUGAGGACGAAAGAAAACAGUUAAUGAACCAAUAUGAAUCUAUAAGUAAAGAUUUUACCUACAUGUUCCAAGAAUGGGAAGAUGGAAAAAAAGCCUUAAAAGAUAUAAUGGGCCCAACAUUAGUAGAUUCAGAAUUAAGUAACAGUCGUCAUUCUAUUGAAGAAGACGCUGAAACUUUGAAGGAUGAGAAUGAUCAUGACGAAGAAAUCUGUGAAAAAACACACACAAUCGACUGGUCACGAACAGAUGAACCUUUGGACGUAUUGGAACAAGUAUUUGAAGCUGAAGCUGAGGUUGAAGUCGAAUCCACUACAAAGAAACUGACAAGAGAAGAGAGGAUUACGAUACAAAAAGCUAAAAGAAUCGAAGAGGCCAAGUCAAAAGAAGUACGUUCAAAUUCUGAACGUAUGGUACACGAAUUAAAAGAUGUUUUAAUACGGCGGAAGCCAUUAUCUUCGGAUGACGAUCAUUCACAACCCACUCUUGAAGAAUCCGAUUCAGCACAAAUACACGAAACCCAUACUACUGUCAUAUCUAAUUAG